ACAACAAAGCUAUUUUGCAGUUUAUAAGUCGAAUGAGAGAAAAAUACAACAGUAAAAUUCCAAUACUGGGCGAGCACUUUAGUUAUAUAGUGACUCAUCCUAAAAACACUUUUGAUUUACAUGGUAAAAAAUUAACGCUAACUAAGGGUGAAAAAAUAGAAUUCGCUGAUUAUAAGUUAGCAUCCUCUAGUAGAAUUAUGCGAAUUGAAAACCCAGAUGAGAAAUAUAAGCAGAUUGAUGAUUAUACUUAA